AAGCAAUAUAGAGAUGCAUGUUUCGUGCAAUGAAUAGUAACAAAUAUAUAGAAGCCACUAAGGAGUUCGAGAAGGAAGAAUGUGAAUCGAAAUUGUUCAAAAAUCCAAUGAUAGAAGGUGUAAAAUGGAUUGAGCGAUAUGCCUUCAUAGUGGAUAAGUUUUGGAUUAAGUUACCCGAGUAUAUGCGGAAUACAUUGAUCACAUUCUCUGUGGUUUUGAUGGCAUCAACAAUCAAAGGCGACUGGAUAGCGAUUGUCGUACAUCUGGUCAAACACAUCAAUGGUGCAGCCGGUCCAGGUAGCAGUAAGCGGUUCAACGACACAGUAGCGAGUACGAACGGAACUGAGGAGGUGAAAUGGGAUCACCUACUCGAAUACCUGAAUUUGCAAGGCCUUCCGCACUACUUGAUUUGGGCAAUCACAGGUUCGUUCCUAAUCUACUUCAGUGCUGGUGGGUUUAUUCACUGGUACUACUACACUAACCGACGUGACAGGCCUCAUGAAUGGAAGUGUCAGCCCGAGAAAUUUAUGGCACCCGAGUUGGAGCUACAUGAGGUUUUCGUUGGAUCGUUUUCUUUGCUGAUAAUGAGUUCUCUAAGCGGGAUCCUCUCUUGCUAUGCUAUGAACAAUGGCAAGCUUCUCACCUUGUACUAUCGUUGGGAUGAGUAUGGUUGGUGGUGGUUCUUUGCUCAAAUUAUCGUUAUCUUCUUGUAUCAGGAUUACUUAACGUAUUGGUUGCAUCGGAUAUAUCACUGGCCGUGGUUAUACAAAAAUUUCCACAAACUACAUCACACCUACAAACAGCCAACUGCAUUUUCUGUAACUGCGAUUCAUCCCUUCGAAAUUUUGCACGUGCAGCUUACCAUGCUAUUACCGAUAUUUGUAAUUCCAACACAUUGGGCUGCAUUUUAUUUCGUGGAAAUUUACACAUACGCUCAUGGAAUCCUGAAUCACAGUGGAGUAAAUAUCAAAUCAUUUUGGUGGCAACCAUGGCAACCGGAUACAAUGUUUCACGACAAUCACCAUCAGUACUUUCAUGUAAAUUUUGGUUUCAACAUUUACAUAUGGGAUGUACUGCACGGAACCUAUCGUCGGAAGGAUCGUAUUUAUUCGGAAGACAUUUUCUUCGGAAAGGGCAAAAGCUUUGAUCAAGUUUCCAAAGACCAGUUACUGAAGGAUUUUGCUGAACGAAAGACGGAAAAUCCUAGAGCAUAUCGGGAGAAUGUGAAUGAGUAUGAAUUUGGCGAAACUGAAAUAAGUAAGCUAAUUGAGGUUUCGAAAGAUAAAUGAAUAGAAUAUGAUUACAAUGUAGUAGAUUAGCACUUAUCCUUAACUGUCAUAAAUAGCUCAAAUGAAUCAAAUUAUAAUAAUA